AUCAUAUUCGACAGAUGCCAGUGGAGUGGGAGCUGAAACACUGGCAACACACGUGCGGGCUCUUGAAUUAUCAGGACAAGAGUCCGUGCAGUCUCCGACGUCUCGGUCGCUUCCACCUCCAAGGUCCAGAAAUUUACCUCCCCAUCUCAUCCCGGGGGCUUUGUCCGCGUCCAGAUCCGCUCCUCCAACGUUGCAGUCGAGGUUCGCGCCAGCUCUUCAGCAACAAAAAUUCAGCGAAAAAGAAAGCAACGAUUCUUCGCCUCCUAGUCUUCCCUCCAAGCAAACUCGAUUCGAAACUGAACAAUCACCUCCUGAAUCUCCUUCGCCGAGGCCAGUUGCAACGUCUAAAACCGAAUUUAGAUUUGGGUCAAAUCGACCGAGGCCAUCCUCAAGAAUAACAUUCAUACCACGAGAUCGAGGUGAAAGAUUCGUGCGACCUGUAUCGCCACACCAAGCGGCGGCUCUUGCUUCCGUCAGUCCAUCACAUGCCAAGGCUGCAGAUAUUCCUGUAAAGGAAAUGGAAUCUUUCCCGCAAAACAUUGCUCCCCCGUCAAAAUUUUCUAUACCGACUUCAGAAUUAAAUCAAACAAUUAACAAGGAUUAUCUUGAAGAUGAGUACUAUGAAGACUAUUAUUACGAUGAAGAAAACCUUCAAGGAAAUGAUUCGGAGAAAAGGGGCAAUCAGCCUGAAGAUUUGGGUCCAAUCGAUCCUCCUUUAGUCAGAGAAAAUCAGCCGACUACACGGAAAUUCAUCCGACCUAGCGAUGCUACAACUCCAGCCACUGCAAAGCGAAGGUCUACGACUCCAUCAUCGAGGUCAUCGAACACUCGUUAUUCCCUCUCAGAACUGCUGGCAUCUUUGGGCGGAAAGAACGAUAAAAAACCUCCGCCAACUUCGAACGAGCUAUCAAACUCUCGUGACGCUCGAGUUUUAUCUGAAAUUGAGUUAGAAACUACAACGCCUACCAUUAAGUAUGAAACGAUUACACCCGAAGAAACAACCGUUGCGACUACACAAUCUACCACCAUAACUUCUACGACACCUCGAACUGUUGUUUCGACUACUAGUGAACCUCGGAUGGAAGUCCGUAUCACGAACACUACAGAAAGUACCUUUGUUGUAGCCAAUGUUCAGACCUCUCGUAGCAUGAGUAUGCGACACGAAGAAAGCGAUGAUUACAGUUCCGCUCUAAACCUUGACGAAGAAACAACGCCAACUGAAAUUUUGUUUGAGAAACCUUCAAUUGAACCAAAGCCUAGUCUCACGGCUCUUUUUGAGAAUAUUGAUAUUACAUAUAACGACAGUGAUAAAGAGGCGGUAGAAGAUAUCACAACGAGGAAUGAGCCAGACACUGAAGCAAGUAUAAUCGAUAUAACAACCGAGGCUGAAAAGCUCUCAAAUACUGAAAAUUUUGAUCUUUCUUCUCUUCUGGAGAAAGUUUUUGAGAAAGCAAAGCCCGCUGAUCUUUCAAAACUCCCAGCGGGAUUUUCGACCAGUCAAAGCUCAUCAACUCACAAUUCCAGUGUCAGCAGCAGUAAACAAAGUGCGACAUCUAGCAAGCCAUCCAUACAAGCUACCACACCAAAAACUGUUGAAAAUUUAGUCGACAUGAUUGAAGAAGCUGAAGGAAACACAAGCGCUGUUGAAGGGAGAUCAAACAGCUCUCCUAAACUUACGAAGGAAGAACUUCUAUUGGCCGCAAUUUUCGGUAACUCGGAACCUUCAGAUCCUCCGGCAUCGCUGCUACCCGCCGGCUUCAGUUUACAAGACAAGAAAAAGCAAAGGGAAGAUAAACCUGAAUUUAAUAUACCUGUUGCCAAAGCAGAGGUCCCUGCUCACCUGUUACCGAAAGGGUUCAACGUACCUGAGAAAUCAAAGGGUAAAACCCCUCUAGUUCGAGAGAAAUCCGAUGUUCCAGCUUCUCUGCUUCCCAAGGGUUUUAACGUUCCAGUAGGAGCUGAUAACAUCACAUCGCAGACUCCCAAGACCACCGAAGCUUUGAUUGCAACCACUGCAGUCACGGCUCCAGGAGCUCCAUACCAAACCAGCAAGAAUCCCAAAGGACUCAUUUUCCCAAAGAGAAACGACAGGCCAUCUUUUCUAUCAACGACUCCGUCGAGCGUUUCCGAUUCCGAGCCUUCAGCACCUUUGCUGUUGAAGCCAACCAUCGUGAACGUCUUCGACAGAAUUAAGACGACGCCGAAGCUAGUAGUUAUGGCCCCCACAAAAGCACCCAAGACGCAUGCUGAGCUUCAGGCAGAAGUUGCUUCUGAAAGCUCAAGCAGCACGACUACCACAACCACCACCACCUCUACAACCACCGCAACCCCGACUACAACGCUUCCUCCACGGCCAACUACUCCAGGCGUGUGCGGAGAAAAAUGUCGUCUGGCUGCGACUUUGCGCAUUGUGGACGGUGCCGAAUGGGCCCCCGAGCUUGCCAACAGAGACACCAAAGAGUGGCAAACUCUCGCGAAAUCCGUCACUAACGAACUCAACGCUCUCUAUCAGCGUAGUCGUAUCAACAGAUGGUUUGUAGACGUUGAAGUCGACGCCUUCAAUCCCGGCUCUGUUUUUGUGGAUUACUUCCUCCAACUGAACGACGUGACCACCGCAUUGGAUACAGUCGACCUCAAGCACAUGAUGAACGGUCUCUUGCAGAGCUCCAACAGAGCCGAGCACAAACUCGGACCGCUUACUGUCGAUCCUGAAGGCACUGACUUCGUCGUCGUCAAGGAGCCGCUGCGGAGUGUGGUGCGUGACGACGGCAGUUACCUCAUACCUGAGUGGCUGAUCGCUGUAAUCGUCAUCAGCCUGGCAUCCUUCCUUUUCAUCAUCAUCUUUGGCAUCGCCGUUUUGGUGAGCCGAGCCCGGGUGCGCAGACGCAACGUUCCGCUCACCGAGGAAGUCCUCAACAAACUCAACGCAAACCAAAUGCCAGUUGACAACUAUCACAACGACGCCGUCUACGACAUGGAGGCCAUCUGGAACGAGAAAAUGGCAGAUCGGAACAUGAAGCCGCCUUCAAACCGCGGCCACGGCUACAACCCCAACUACAACAUCAACAUCUACGACUCGUGGCGCACUGACUGGUCGGGACCUUACGGCUCCUCCGCCACCUACGCCAAGCGGAGGCCUGAGGCCAACUUCUGACAUGAGGAAUCUGCCUCGCCACAACGGGGCAGAUACGAUGGACCCGAUGACUUCUAAGAUAAGAUAGGAGGCAAUGUUGUUUCUACACGAGUGCUGCCCAAACCGGGGAAAAUUGCAUAUUUGGAGGACAAAUCAUCCCUUUUUGUUGGGUAAUGGAAUGCGGUUAGCCAAACAGAUCAAAUAUGACUUAGUGUGAGUGAAUGGUGACGUGAUCUGCUAUGUGGUGUGAUAAAUUGCAAGAGUCUGUGAAUAUGUUGCGGAGCCGAUGUUAUUUCUUGCCUAAAGUGAUAACAGGUGUCCGCGCGCUCCUAUUAUUAAUUAAAUAACUAUUUACUCCUUGCUCGAGUAAAAAAUUGGUUU